GAGAGAGAGAGAGAGAGAGAGAAAGACUGGGCUUGUGCACCGGUUUGCUGCCUUGCGCUACGGAUGUGUGAUGCUGUAGUGGUCAGUAUCGGUCCUCCAUGGCGGGUUUAGCUCUCAUACUCAGCGCUGAGAUGGAGACAUGACCGGAGAAACAAGAGGAAAGGACCACGAUCUCUUCCUUAUAGACGGGCUUUAGCCAGUUUGAGGAGGAGCAGACGGAGGACGAGUUCUUCCCGGCACUCUCAGGUUGCAGCUGCAGGUUUAAACAGACCGCAUGCACAGAACUGGGAGUCUCACUAUGAGAGUCUCCUGAUUCGGAUCCAAGCAAAAUUCUGCAGAGCUUCUGCGCUGGGCGUCUUGCGUCUUGUAUCUACAGUUCGGCGGUAGCGCGGCGCUUUCUGUGCGCCACUGAGUUGGUGAAGGUGAUGGAGAAGCCGGCACAAGCCCAGCUGCAGUCAGGUGCAUCCAAGAGCUCGGAGAGUUGUACAGAGGAUUUGUCCAAAGUCACGGACCAGGAGCUCCUGAAGUGGAGUAAAGAUGAGCUGGUGCGGAGGCUGCGCAGAGCCGAGGCCGAAAAGAUGAGCGCCAUAGUGGAGCACGGAAACCUGAUCCGAGAGGUGAACCGCAGGCUCCAGCAGCACCUGAACGAGAUCCGGGGGCUGAAGGAGGUGAAUCAGAAACUUCAAGAGGAUAACCAGGAGUUACGUGACCUUUGCUGCUUUUUGGACGAUGACCGGCAGAAGGGGAAGAAAGUGUCAAGGGAGUGGCAGCGCCUCGGCCGAUACAGUGCAGGCAUUAUGCGUAAGGAGGUGACCCUGUACCUGCAGAAGCUGAAGGAGCUGGAGCAGAGGCAGGAGGAGGUGCUGAAAGAAAACCUGGAACUGAGGGAGCUGUGUCUCAUGCUGGAUGAAGAAAAGGGCUCUGGAGGCACAGGAGGCUCACUGAGCACUGGAGGUCCAGCAGGCUGCAGGAACUCUAUCGACAGCCAGAGCAGCCUGUCACAUGCCAGCGUGCCCGGGCCAGGGCUGCUGAGGGACGUUGGGGAUGGGAGUAGCACUUCCAGUGCAGGCAGCACCGACAGCCCCGAUCAUCUGACACAUAAGCAGCAGCUGCUGGCUGGUCCAGCUGCAGGCAGUCUUGAGCAUGUCCACAAACCCCGAGCAGUGGAGGAGAUGCCAGUUCCAGAGCAACUCAGCCGCAGAAGGAGCACAAGUCCGGAGUAUGCUGCCCAUACCUUUCCUCAAGUUUGCCGGCCUCGCUGUGGCUCCUUCUCUAGUCCUGACCACAAGGGCAUGCGAGGUCUCAGCCCUGAAAAGCUUGGCAAAAGAGGCAGCCCAGAGCAGUUUUUAAAGCACUUGCCAGUGUCUUCUCAGCCUCCUGGUAGCCCUGACCUCUUUCAGAAGCACAGGACAAGCAUUGUGAGUCUAUGUGGCAGUCCAGAGCCUAAACAGAUACUGUCAGGCACUCCCGAACAUCUGCAGAAGGGUCGUGUGAUUGCAGGGAGCCCUGAGAUGCUAAGGCACCAGUAUAGUGGCAGUCCAGAUCAUGGCAAGUUUGGCAGCCCUGGGCGGGAUGUGGCACAAAGGAGGUCAGGAGCAGAGGAGCUGUCCCCGCAUCACCGGAGCAUCUACAGUGGUAUGAAUGCUCUGCUAUCUGCUGGCUGCUGCACCACCUCCUGUAGAAGUGUCAAGCUUUGGGACAGCUUUGAUGCCUCCUGACCGUUGCCUUGACUGGAUCCGAUGCUGGGUGCCUGGCUUUGUAGGAGCCCAGAUCUCUGCAGUCUUUUGCACUGGGAGAGAGAGUGCACAAUAUUGUGCAGCAGCCAGUGUCUUGUGUCUUUUCCACCCCAUGCUGGUUUCAGGUGUCCUGUUUCCCCUGUUAGAGCUCUGUACAAAAAACAAAAAACUAAAACAACAACAAAAUAAAAAUCUAUAAAAGGGGUUUCAUUAGGACGAAGGAAGCUAGAACCCCCUAACAAGAAUUCUGUAAUGGGAGAUGAAAAAUGCUCCCUAUGUUGCCAACAAAAUAGACCUACCUCCUUGAAAUGAAAAUAUUUGAAAAUGAGCGUAAACGAGUGAAAUGGGAUUCAGAGGCUAACAUCCUUCCUGUUUACAGAUACCAUACACAUCUUCAUAUGAACAGUAAAGUAUUUCUAAUUGGAUCCACUAGUUAAUUUAAUUGGACUUGCUGUGUAUCACAGGAAAUUAAAAACAAAAAAGUAUUAUCAUAGCAAUCACUGCCUUGCUUCUGUUAUGAGCUUUGUGGCAACCAUAAGUUCAUUAUUACAACAAUAUAAGUCACAUUAAUAAAAGUGGAGAUGGUACAAACAAAACAUUACUCUUAUCUCUCAUCAACCAGUGCUGAUGAACCAUGUGGUAGAUGAAGUGCAGAAUAAAUAAUAUGCUUUUUUGGAAGCACAAAGCAAAUCUUAAAAUGCUCCCUCCCCUCCAAGUCAAUAUAAAUGGACCAUUCCAGAGGGGCAAAUAUUUCAGACAUAGCAAACAUUCGCAAUUAAAAAAAAAAAAAAAAAAAAAACAACAACAAAAAAGACAGUCUCCCACUCUUCCCAUAACAAGUACCAUCAUGCCUUGCUUCUGCCCAGGUGUUUCUGUGAACUUCUGCUCUGAUAGACAAUAGAACAAAUGCACACACAUAAACACACGUAUAAACACACACAAAACAUAUGCACAUUAUAUUUUAUAUGGGAAUAAUGCUUCAUGUGGGAGAACUGGACAGCACACAGUUGUAUACUUGCGUAAGUAAUUUUUGGUAGCCCUUUAUUUAUUAGGCCUAGAUCACAAGUCCUGUGUGCCAACCAUUGAUCCUCCAGUAUAAAUCAGUAUUACAUACAGUACAUGCUACUUUGUAACCUCUUUGACCUGUGAUCUUUUUUAUUUUUGUUGACAAAUUAUAUGAGACAGAACCAAUAUUAAUAUAUAAAACUUUUAUGUUUUUAAAAAGUAAAAAAGAGUAGUUUAUCUGCUUAGUUUUUUAAAUAUGAUGAUUAUUAUUUUUGACGUACUGGUAUUAUAUAAAUAUAUAUGGUUAUUAUACUGAGAGAUCUGUAUGUAUAUAAUAAAAAGUGUCUUCUUUAUGUAAAUCAC